AAAAGAAAUAUGCCAGCAUACUUGGCUCCUUGGAGGGCUUCUCCGUGUGCCUUUCAAUCCUCCAGAUCUGAACCCAUGCCAAAUCUAGCCAGUGAUGGAGUUGUCUGUGCUCCGCUUCAGACAUACACUGAAGAGGAGACAAUGCUGAAAAAUAUGGUGGCAAAGUUUGCUCAGGAACGAGUUGCACCAUUGGUGCAGAAAAUGGAUGAGAAUUCAAAAAUGGAAGACUCUGUAAUACAAGGAUUGUUUGAACAAGGGCUGAUGAGUAUUGAGCUUGGGGAAGAAUAUGGAGGAACUGGAGCUUCAUUUUUUUCCGUCAUAUUGGUGGUAGAAGAGUUAGCCAAAGUUGAUCCAGCUGUCUCUCUUAUGUGUGAACUCCAAAAUACACUAAUAAAUAAGUUGUUUACCACAUAUGGAACGGAAGAACAAAAAAGAACUUACUUGCCCAGAGUGGCUAAAGAUACAAUAGGCAGUUUUUGUCUUACGGAGACUGGAUCUGGCAGUGAUGCUUUUUCUUUGAAGACUCGGGCUGAAAAGAAAGGAGACUACUAUGUCAUCGAUGGCUCAAAGAUGUGGAUUAGCUUAGCAGAACAUGCAGGAGUUUUCUUUGUGAUGGCAAAUACAGAUCCAUCCUUAGUAAGUUGCUAAAGAGUAGUUGCAUUUCAAUGACAGCUCAUGAUA